AUGGAUCCAAGAUUGUUGGAGGCAGCACGGAGAGGAGAUGUCAUUGAACUACAGGAGCUGCUCGGAGUAAACGAUUACCUUCUAGAAAGAAGUUGUCUCCAUGACUCCUCCGAGACAAUCCUACAUAUUUCCUGCUUAGCCGGACGAACAGAAUUCGUGAAGGAGCUACUGAAGAAGAAAGCAGAUUUAGCUACAAGGCUCAACCCAGAUGGGUUUAGCCCAAUACACAUAGCUUCUGCAAAUGGGUUUGUCGAGAUAGUGAGAGAGCUAUUGAUGGUUAACAGCGAGCUUGGCAGGCUUAAAAGCAGUGAUGGUAGAACUUCUCUUCAUUGUGCUGCUAUAAAUGGGAUGGUACAUGUGAUCAAGGAAUUGCUCAAGUUUUGUCCUGCGAGCAAGGACAUUGUGACAUUCAAAGGGGAAACCGCAUUUCACCUUGCUUUGAGAAAUAAUCAGUUUGAGGCUUUCAAAGCCAUGGUUGAUGUGCUCCAGCCGCAUAACAUUAAGGAGCUUCUGAAUAAGGAUCAAGUUGUAUAUUGUCUUUUAGGAUCAAGUUGA